GUGACUUUAUUUAUAUUUACACAAUUUUAAUGAGUCUGAUAAUGAAGAAUAGAUUAUUUUGUAAGCAAUGUGGUUUCAAGUGUUAAGCUUGUCGACAAUUCUAUAUUGCUGUAGUGCCGAAAUAGCUGUCCUCAUUCUUGCUAGAGGAGGCUCUAAGGGACUUCGACUAAAAAACUUAAGGAAGGUUGGCGGUACUAGUUUAUUAAGUCGUACAAUUCAUUCGGCCAAGGCUGCUGGAUUACACGAUAUCACUGUGUCGACUGAUCAUCCAUUAAUAGCUCUUGAAGCUGUGAAAGAUAAUGUUACCGAAUUUCGUCGCAGUUUUGCCACCGCUACAGAUUGGGCACCUUCAAUAUGGGGCGCAUUAGAAUUUUUAGAGGCCAAACCUAACGUUACUGUUCUUAUAUUGAUGCAAACAACUUCGCCGUUCACUCAACCAGCAGAUAUAAGGAGCGCUGUGGAAAAAUUGAACAAUCCAGUUCCAUUCGACUGUGUUUUUUCCGUAACUAGAAGUAAUAAACUUCGUUGGCGUCUUAUAAAAGGCAAAUUGCAUCCUGCCAACUUCCAAGUUAAAAAUCGAGUUCGUAGGCAAGAUUGGGAUGGUGAGUUUUUGGAAACUGGAGCGUUUUAUAUAACCAGAAGGUGGCUUCUUGAAAAUGGUCAAUUCCAAAAUUAUAAACAAUGUUUUCAUGAUUACAGUUGCACAGUGCAAGAGGUUAGUGGUAUUCAAAGCUUGGAAGUGGAUACACUAGAAGAUCUACGUCUAGCUAAUACUCUACUUAAUGCUAACUUAGGUUUUUAAGGCUAAGAUUAGAUC